CCCCUCCCCUCUACGACUGGAGGCGCGUCUGACAAACAGAAAGUUUAACUUCUCGGACAUUUUGUAGCAGAACAGAUACAGCUGAGCUCUUCGGUCGUCCUUCAGGAGUGUGUGUAAUCACGUGUCUUUUAUCAGUCUGUGAGGUUUGAAGCUGCGUUUCAUUUACCGAGGAUCACCAGGAGAUGGCGCUGCAGAGGCAGGAGCUUGAAGUGUUUGGAAAUGAAGCGCUGGAGACGUGGACGAAGCUUGGCCAAGGGGGAUUUGGAUCUGUCUACAAGGCCAGACACAAGGACUGGGGAUUUACUGUGGCCGUUAAACUAAUUAACAAUGCUAAUAGCCCUCCCAGCAGUCUGCUGUCUAAAGACAGCCUGUCCAUGUGCACAGCACUGCGUGAGGCUGGUCACAUGGGUAAAGCUUCCUGUGAGUUCGUUUUGAGGGUUUAUGGAUUUUAUGAGGGAACCCCACCAAUUGAAGGAGUCGGCAUGCCAUAUCAGGGAAUAGUCAUGGAGCUGAUGGAGAUGGAUUCUGUUCUGAAGCUGCUGGAGAAACUGGCAGAGUCUCCACAGAGGCCGCUGGCCUUACGCAUCGUCCAUGAAGUGGCUUUGGGGAUGAACUUUCUUCACUCAAAGGAUAUUGUGCACCAGGACCUCAAGCCAAGCAAUGUGCUGCUGACUGAUGACCUGAGGGUGAAGCUUGCAGACUUUGGUCUGUCCAGGGUUUCCACCAGUGUUUUGAUCACCAGCGAAAAAACAGCAGAGACAGGAGGGACACUUGCAUACAUGCCUCCAGAGGCUUUUGAUCCAAAAUAUGAACCUGUCCGGGCUUUUGACAGAUACAGCUAUGGGAUCCUUCUCUGGUCAAUAUUUAAUGGGAAAGAGCCUUAUAAAGGCAGACCAGACGUUCUUGUGAAGCUCUGGGUCAAAAAAGAUCUAAAACUCCCUCUUGAUGAAAUAAAAAAUCCAGAGGAGUUGGGAGAGAUGAUUGAACUGAUGGAGAGAUGCUGGAAUUCGACACCAGAGAUGAGGCCACCCUUCAAAGACUGCCUGAAAACAACUGAGGAGGUAUUCUUAAGGCACAAGAGCGGCAUUCGUGCUGCAGUCGAUGGCAUCCUGAAUCCACUGGACUCAACAAACAGUGGUAAACCGCCAGAGUCAGAGGCAGACUCACAUGACACCAUCGAUUAUCCUCUCAUCACUGAACAGAACUCACCUGGUGUUCCCACAAAGAUAUUGACAGUUGAGAGAAAAGCAAAGUUUGUGACGGACAACAUUCCAGUGUUAAUACAACUGGUUUCUGCAGUACUGGAAAUUGCAAAAGAGCUUGGAGACAUGGUCCAUCCUGAAGUCCUCUCUCGGAUCCAAGCAGAAAAGACAAGCCAGGACAAAAUGAGGCUGUUUCAUUCCAGGAUAUUAGCUCCGGCAGGGGGGAGAGUCAAAGCUGCUUUCUUUGACGCCCUCAAAAAACAUGAGCCCGCACUGGUGAAAAAACUUGGUGGAUAAUCCUAAAGCUUGUCUUCAUGGAUUGUAGAUACAUACACAAGCUCUGAUUCUCCUCUUACACUUCCAUCCUCAAUGAAAAACCUUUAAUCCUUUCAGUUACAUAUUUCUAGUAAAUCACGUUUUAUGACUAAGUCAUAUUUUAAUAGCUGUCUUCUUUUUAUAUCUGUGUGAGUAACGUGGAAAAAACUAUUAGUAAUCAAAAGGAGAGAGAGAGAGAAAGAGAGAGAGAGAGAGACUAUGUAAGAGGCUUUUCUGGUUCAAUCCCUCAGUAACUGUCACUAGCAGUCAGUCAGUCACCUGCAGAUGAUGGCGUCGAGGGCAUCCCAGGCAACAAAGUUAUCCGGUCUCGAUCUGAAUCGCUUGUCUUUUUGUUACAGAUAACAUGCUGUAUGAGAGUGAAUGUAAUACACUGAUUGAAAGAAUUUUUGUGUAAAUGAAGCAAUUUUGCUCGGAAAUGUUCGACCAUUUGAUACAACAAGCAAUGUAAGCUUAAAUAAAAUGUUCUGAAAUGA